GGCGUGGCUUCCCGUGGGCUGGGAGACAGAGAGAGAGAGGGAGGAAGAAGGGCAGCAGGAAGGCGGCGCUCUCCAUGCAGAGAGAGUGGGAGAGAGCCAGAGAGGGCAGCGGGAGACGCAGCAGCCCCAGCGGAGGAGGAGGAGGAGGAGGCCCUGGCCCAGGAGGAGGAGGGACCCCGAGGAGGAGAGCCGGGAGCGGAGGAGGGAGGCCUCGGGGCCGGGGCCAGGGCCGAGGCCGGCCACUCCUGCCCCCCGGAGGCAUGGAGAUAGAGAAGGAGUUCCACCGGCUCGACCAGGCCGACAGCUGGGCCGCCAUCUACCAGGAUAUAAGACAUGAAGCCAGUGACUUUCCAUGUAAGGUGGCCAAACUUCCUAGAAAUAAAAAUCGCAACAGGUACAGAGAUGUCAGCCCCUUUGACCACAGUCGAAUUAAGCUGCAGCAAGGUGAUAAUGAUUAUAUCAAUGCUAGUUUGAUAAAAGUGGAAGAAGCAAAUAGAAGCUACAUACUCACACAGGGUCCUCUGCCAAAUACUUGUGGUCACUUUUGGGAGAUGAUUUGGGAACAGAAAAGCCGUGGUGUUGUCAUGCUUAACAGAGUGAUGGAAAAGGGAUCAAUAAAAUGUGCACAGUACUGGCCACAAAAAGAGGAGAAAGAAAUGCUCUUUGAGGAUACAAACUUCACGUUAACUUUGGUGUCAGAAGAUAUAAAAUCCUAUUAUACAGUACGACAAUUAGAAUUGGAAAACCUCACAACCCGGGAAACACGAGAGAUUCUGCACUUUCAUUAUACAACGUGGCCUGAUUUUGGAGUCCCCGAGUCUCCAGCUUCAUUCCUCAACUUCCUGUUCAAAGUGAGAGAGUCAGGGUCACUAAGCCCUGACCAUGGACCCAUUGUAGUGCAUUGCAGCGCAGGAAUUGGAAGAUCAGGAACUUUCUGUUUGGUUGAUACUUGUCUCCUCUUGAUGGACAAAAGGCAAGAUCCUUCUUCUGUCGACAUCAAGCAGGUUCUUUUAGAAAUGAGAAAAUACCGUAUGGGGCUUAUCCAGACUGCAGAUCAACUUCGUUUCUCUUACUUGGCUGUUAUAGAGGGAGCAAAAUUUAUUAUGGGAGAUGCAUCUGUACAAGAGCAAUGGAAAGAGCUCUCAAAUGAAGACCUGGACCCACCUCCAGAACAUACGCCCCCGCCACCAAGGCCACCCAAACGAACCUUAGAAAUGAAUAAUGGAAGGGUGCAUGAUCACAUAGAGUUUUUCCCAGUGGUUGAGGACAAAAUUACAUGUGCAGUCAGCACACUGGAGGAGAAGGUUCCUGAUGGCAGGGUGUACCCCCCUGAGCAACUAGACAUGGAAAGUGCUAAUCAAGACACUGAGCUUAGGAAGAGAACUGUUGACACUUCACCACACAGUGAAGAGAUGAUGACACCAGAAGAAGAGGAAGAUGAAAACAUGAUGUCAACAUGGAAACCAUUUCUGGUCAACAUCUGCAUGUUUACUGUCCUGACAGCAGGGGCAUACCUCUGCUACAGGGUGUGUUUUCAUUGAUGGACCUGCCAGGGAUGGCACCAAAACACCAGUAACGUCAUAGGUGUUUAAAAGAGAAAAGAAAGCUAAAGGCGGAGAGGCAACUGAGCCUUGUCCCAAUGGAAGUAUAUCUUAAAAUUUGACAGGCUGGAACUAUGGUUAGGGCUUAAAGAGAAAGUUGAUGCACUAGGGUUUAAUUUUGCAGCCCUAUGGUCCCAAGAACAUAAUAUUCUAAUCUCAGGGCCUUAAGAUAUUCAGGAGUAAGCAGAGAAUAUGCCAAAUAAGUCUUGUGUUUUUCAUUAUUUUUCCUUUUUUUUUUAAUGGAAUAAUAAGAGUUUACAACACAUUGUUGUUUUUUAGUCUUUUGAAGCCAGUUUUUGUUCUUUUGGUUGUUUUUCAGGAAGAAAAAAAAAGAAAUUAGGCACAAGUGAAAAUUGCUUGUAUUCUCCCAUGUAUGGAAAAGAAUAUAUGAUUCGGUUCCUCAAAACACCACUGUACACCUACACAUACCUCCCUCCCAAAAGAGAAUGUACCACUCCUUUUGAAAAGGGAGAACUCUUUACUUGCAUCCCUUUUACAGACUGAGGACUCAGUCUCUAAAAAACCACUUCUGUGUAACCUCUGUUAAUUGGCUAUUGCUCAGGAGCAGCGAUGAAUGAAUGGAAAUUAAAUAGUAGCAACCCCACCCCAAAAAGUUAGAUUAUACCCUAUUUUUGACAGUGCAAGAAGUAUGGGAUAUAUUUUUAUCUUUCUCAGAUAAGGUUCUUGCCUUCAUUACAUGUUCAUUACAAGGGUACCUGCUAUUGCUCAGGGCAUCCCAACAGGUCAGACAUCUUUUUCUCCUUUAUUUUUAGCAAAAUAACUGCAUUUCUUCCCAGCUCACCCACCUACCACCUAUUGCAGGUCUUUGUUGCACUUUGUUUGUAUGUGCAUCUCUCUUGCACCAUGUACUUUCUAACUUCAUUUCCUUUUUUUGUUUGUUUUGUAUUGUUUUGAACAGAGGGACAGGAAUGCAACCAAACUUUGUCUACCAGCAUUUACAAAAUGUUUCAGAUACCUGCUUUAGGAAGGCCCAGUUUUUAAGGUUCAUUUUAAUGUAAAAUGCAGUUUCACUCCUGACUUGCCAUGUGAAGAAUGUAUUUUGUGUUCAAAACAGAAGAGGAGGAGUUUGGAAAUAAUAAUGAUUACAAUUAUGAUAAUUAAUUUCCUUAUUGUAGAGAGCCAUGGGAAUGGUUCUUCAGAAAUUUCAAGUAGUUGAUGCUGGGAGCAACUUCCUUUGAAAUCCAGCAGGCCUAGCUUUUCAGAUCUGCUAAUUCUUUUGCAAGCUACAAGCCACUGUGAUUUUAGGCAGAGUGAGUUUGGUUGGGGUUUUUUUUUUAAAGAACAAAAAUGUAAAAAUUGGCUUUUAUUUGGCUUAAGAUCAUGCUGUUCAGUAGCCUGGCUGCAAUCCUAAACAUAAGAUUAAGCUCCUUUGAACAAUUUGGGAUUUACCUCUUAGUUAAAUAUGUAUAGGAUUGGAUUAUAAAUAUAAGGCUUUGGAAUAACCAAGCUUAAUUGAACUUAACUGCUAUGAAGAGAACAAAAAAACUGGCUAGUCAUGUAUUAUGUAUUUGUUUUUGUUAGAUAUUGACAUGACUGAGGUAGUACACUGAAUCUGUCAAAACCCUUUUAUGAGCAUCAAAAAUGAUACUACAGAAGAAUCUGUUUUCUGUAGUGCAAAGAACAAGACAAAGGUAUUUGCUGAAGUUGUAACCUUUUUGAAGUAAAACCAUGACCACAGUGCAGCUGAUCACUGCUUUGAAAAUUCUGAGGUUCUCUUAUAUAGCACUUAAGCACCAUCCCUUUAAAAAAACAGUUAUAGGCUUUGGAUUUUCUUUAUUUUUGUUCUCCACCACUCUCAUAAACUUUAGUGUUGUUUUUUUCCUUGAACCAAUGCAAUGUUAAGUAAGGGUCUUUGGGAAAGAAGGAAGAAAGAAGAGGUUAGAUUAAAAAUAAGAAUAAAAGGCUACAUUUGUAUUAAGGGCUUUCUAAAAGUACAAUAAUAAAUCCUCAGGUAGUACUUGGGAAUCUUACAAAAAGAAAACGUUACCUGUGAGAUUGUUGUUCAGAUUAGAAUUUGAAAGGAAGAGUACUGUUAAGUGGUCAAUAUUUAAUAGUAAUAUUGGUAACAUGAAAAAUAUUGAUAUGAGUAUAGAAAAUGAUAUAAUAUAUAAUGGCUCAUCUGUGAAUUUUACUAAACAGUAAGUGAUUGCUUUGUCCCCAUCAAACUCUUGUCAUUCAGUAGGAUAUUGUUCAGAGGCAGUAUUUGUAUCUCAUUUUUAUUCAAAUGCAUGUGUAAAGUCUCCUAAAAGUGUCCUGAUCAAAAUCCAUGCGCUUGAAAGGUUAAAAGAAUUUCUAUAUUUCUGCUUUCUGAUGUGCCCAAAUUAUAUUUGCAUGAUCUGAUCAUUUAAAUGGCUGUGGUUCCAAGGGUGUUGCUGAAUGACUUCAUUCAGCUAAUAGACUGGUAGCUCUGUAUGUGUGUGUGUGUGUGUGUGCGCACACACAUGUGCUUUCUCUUUCUCUCUCUUUUAUAACAAAAACAGAUAAUGUGUUUCUUGCCUAAUAUUUGGCAUGACUUUCUAUUCAGUUUUCUACAUAUUCCUUGUAAUCCAGUUGUAUACCACUCAUUUCGGCCAAGUUAAGUAUAGUACAAACAUUCCAGAGUGUGUAACAAAGCCAUAUUCACACCUCCCUCCUGCGCACGCACAGUAACUUUCUGCAGCAGAUAAUUGAAACACGAGUGCCUGGAACCAUUAAGCUGCCUUCUGCUACUCCAAGGAAGCAGCUUACUGCAAAAGGCCACCAGAACCAAAGUAAGAUUUAAAGUCUGUACUUCUUGUUUUGUAGAAAACAAGAGAUUUUAAAAAGAAUACUGUAGUAAUAAGGAAAGUUGUUUAAAAAAAACAGUGGGUAAUAAAUAAUUUGUAUCAUUCUUCUUCCUAGAAGAAAAUACAGGUAUACCUCAGUUAACGAAGUAGAUGCGAUCCUGGAUAUUAUGUUGUUAACAGAAGAUUUGGUACUAGAGGUAGAAAUGACAGGGAAAGAAUAGGGAUAGGUUCCUUCACCACAAAAAAAACAAGAGCAAUUCAACAAACCUUUUAUCCAAAGUCUAACAGUAUGACCAUGUGAAAUGAAAAUGCAGGUAAGCCUUGCAGAAGUAAACAAAACAUUUUAAGCCUUCUGGAAAUGACUUGAAGGUUUCUUCCAAAAAGCAUAUGGGAAUGCCUUUUGUCUUUCACCAGCCUCUGCUUUUCUCGUGAUUUCCACUUAAGUGGCCAAACGUUACAGAUCUAUGAUUCCUUAACAUGCUGGUGAGGCCAGGCCAGCGUAUCUGCUUUUUCAUGCAUGCCCAGUAAGGGAUGCUGUUUGCUUUGCCUGAUACAGGUAGGUACACAUUGCACUGUAGCAGUGUGUUCUAAAUAAGAUCAGGUAGAGCAGAAUCCCACUCUUUCCCACCUCAAGCUUUACUGCAGGCACACUGCUGCAACCUAACACCGGCUGUCUACUGUUUCUUCUGCCCUCCACCAUCCUCCCAAUGCUGAUGAUUGCUUUUAAAACAACAACACAUCCAGCUAGACAGAGGACAAGGAGAAAAAGAGGGUCUGGGAAGCAUAAAAAGACUUUUUUUAAAAAGGAGCUUCUUUGACAGAGGCUUUGUUAAGUGAGGUAUGCCUGGUAGUAGAACUCAGAAUGUGUCUCUCUAGAAUCCACAGUGAUUGUACUAUACUUGCAUCCCUUUAGUUAAGAAGAACUAAAGUUCUUUCUUGCUAUCCACUGCAGGGUGUGGGGUGGGGGAAUAGAUCAGCUCUGGCUAACAUGCCCCUAUAGCCCACCUAAUGUCACUGUUUGCCUUUUACCUAUUUGAAUUCAAGAAAGAUUUAUACUGUAGUGAAAACAUACAGUAGAAUGCCCUAGUAAAGCCCAGUGAGGUGUGUAUAAGGCUUAUAAUGCUGAACUAUAAGCAUUUCGUUUUGAUGUCCGGUAUAUGUAUGUAGUAGUUUUGGGUGUGUAUAUACAGUAGCAUUUUAAAAGUGGAUGUACUGAUUAACCUAUUCUUGGGGCAGUGGGGGCGGGAGGGGUGGAAAAAAUAUCCAUGUUUAAACUUGUUAGAAAGUUAGUGAGCUGCUCUGCUAUAUGCCUUAAGCAAAUAUUUACUCAUCAGGUCUUUCUUUUUUACAGAUUGCCAUAGAAAACUUUUUUUGUAAAAAAAAUAAAACUAAGAAAAAAAAGACACAAGCUAAAUGUUUUGGUAUAAUACAUUUUCAGGUAUAUUGUCUUUUGUGUAAGGCGCUGCAAUGACCUCACAGUUUCAGUAAAACUGUACAGUUUUUUCAAUUUCCCAUACAGAUUUUCAGUUCUCAUUUUAGCUGCAACAAUAAAAUUCUUUUGUAAAGAAGCA